AUGGAUCUCGAGCAGACGUUUAUGACUAUUCACAACCUGACAGCAGAGGCGAACAUCCUUUUCGCGUCCGACUCCAUCCUCGACAUUCUUGGCUAUCAUCCAGACGAGGUCAAGGGGAAAUCUUGCUUUGACCACUUUCAUCCAGAUGACGUGGCACUAGCCCGCCGUGUCCAUCAGGAGGGCGUGCUGCUCGAUAAGGCAGCUGUUCUGCACUAUACCAGAAUCGCCUCGAGAGAUGGCAAGUGGAUUAACUGCGAAUGUUGUUUUACCGUCGUCCACGAUGUGCUGGUGGCGAGCACAAGCAUCUACCGAGGUGGUCUGAAAAGCGAGAGGAGAAAGCUGGAUGCGCCGCAUAUUGAGCGCAUAUUCUCAUCAGCACCCCGAGACCCCAGGUACCAUAUGCUCGAGCACAUGUCGCCCAAGUUCACCAUGCCUCCAGCGGGCCGCGAACCUCGUGCGGCGCUCAUCCUCAACCGUUUCACUCGGAACCUCAGCAUCAUGUUCGCCACUAACGCAGUCGAGUCUAUCCUUGGAAUAAGCCCAGAGGAGAUCAAGGACAAGCCUUUCUAUGAGUGCAUUCAGGAGAACUGUUUACAGGAAGCUAUUCAGGUUUUAGAGAGUGCAAAGGCCAACGAGUCGAUUGCAUAUCUUCGCUUUUGGUUUCGGGAUCCACGCAUAGGCACAGAUGGUCAGGACGAUGACGAGGACCUAGAGGACGAGGACGAAGAUGAAGACGAGUCAGAUCAGGAAUAUGACGAGGACGAUGAUGAGGUGGAAUAUUUGGGAAGUAGAGCUAAAGGUUCAAAAGGCAGGGUCGUCAGACAGGACCAUGACCAGAUGGAUAUUGACGACAAGCCGUCAGGAGGGGAAGGAAGGGGCGAAGCGGAAAAAGAAAGAGACCGUCGACCCUCCGGUUUUGAGCUGGAGGCAGUUGUGUCCUGUACUUCGGACGGGCUUGUCGUGGUGCUCCGAAGAGCACGGCCACAGGUCCCCGAGCACGUACCUCAACCAGUACCAGUUUUCACUUACGAGAACGGCCUCUUCGCUGCGCCAUGGGGUCUCCGUCCAAUUGAGCCUUCUGUGCCGCCAGAACUCAUACACAUCUUCAGACCCCCCCUAUUACCCCAGCACAUGCCGCUUAAAGAAAACGUGAGGGCAGCCGGUGGCCCACCGAUGGACCAGCUGAUGCGGUCCAUUCGCGAUGUCGCAGUCUUUGCUUGGGCCCUGGUGGGCAUCAACGGCAAUAUUGCAAACUACGCACACGGUUUCCCGAGAGAUGAGGGAUCGCAGCAGCCGCCGGCGGAUGGUCGGUAUCAAGGGAGGCGAGACAGUCGAGCAUUGAAUCACCACCUCGAAAACUGCAGGGAAUAUUACAACCCCAACAACGGACGGUCUCUCGCGGCGGCGGCGGCAAGGGCAUCGUCCCCGCUGGAAUAUCCCCCAGGGCAACAAGCGCUCCCGAGCGGUAGUGGAAGCGGAAGCGGGUGUACGUGUCGUGGUGCUGGUGCUGGUCCUGCAUCAGCCCAACGUCAACACACGCCGGGAGUGUAUCCCUAUGCACCACCACCGGCACCACAGCAACAACAACACGGAUUCGAGUCACGACCAGAAUAUCGAUCCCAAUCAGGGACAGUCUUUUGCCGUGGUGCUCUACAGCAGCCAAGCGAGGAAUCUGGUGCAUCGCCUGUACCAUCACCAUCCUCUUCUUCUUCAAUCAUGCAACAGCAGCUGGAGCAGCAGCAGCGUUACCACCGUGCUUUUCAUUCUCCAUCUCCGAUGUUGUCUCCUCGUCAAGCAGCUGCCCCUGAAUCCGAAUAUGCUCCCGCUCCCGCUCCCGCUCCCGCUCCCCCAAGACACGACCUACCACCCGAGCCUUGGACGGCUGAGGCGGCUGCGAGAGCAGCUUCGAGAGCUUCAUCGGCAGCAGCGGCGACGGCUAGCCCGACGACGACGCAGGCGGCGCCGGAUGGGAAUGAGAUGAGAAGGAAUUCGAGGUUUUUGUGGCAGUAA